UUGGUGAUUGGUCUAAUUGGUCUAUGCCCUAUGUCUUUCGCAAAUUGCAUGUAGAGUAGUAUAUUCUUUGUUGCAUGUCUUUUGGUUGUAGAAAUUUUAGUACAAAUCUGAAAUUGUUGAAAUACUGGUAUUAAAAAUUCUCAAUUCUGAAAAGAAAAAUGCUGACUUCAUCACUUCUCGGUGGCCUCCGAGCGGCCCGCGUAUCGGUCGUGGUCACGAGGAACCUGGCAGCGGCACAGAAGGCAACUGACCCUAUCCAGCAGUUGUUUCUCGACAAAAUCAGGGAAUACAAACAGAAGAGCGUAGGCGGUAAACUAGUGGACCCAAGCCCUGCUAUUGAAAAAGAAUUGAAGACGGAGCUUGAAAAGCUUGAGCGCCAAUUUGGAGGAGGCUCUGGUGUGGACAUGACUUCCUUCCCAUCCUUCAAGUUUGAGGAGCCUAAACUAGAUCCCAUUGAUGAACAAGCUGCCCCGGCCAAGAAGUGAACCUAGACAUAGUCAUAAGCAUAGCCAUAAUAUAAACUUGUUAAAGUGCAGUAAAUAAAAACUGUAAAUUUACUGUA